CCUCCCAUUCACGUGACGAGUCCAGUAUGGCGGAGCUGUCGGCUCAGUGAGUUUCUCCGGUACCGACGGUGUCCUGUACGGCCGGACCGUGGAUGCUGAAGUAGAAGAGCGGGGGGGUUAACAAGCAGCUCGCGCCCAGUUUGUCCAAAGGACCCAGAACUUGGCCUGUUCAGACCAUCAUGGUCUCCAUAUUCAUCGAAGAGGUGCACUGAAACUCCAGUGUUCUCCCUGCCAAGACUUCACCAGUUAAUAAAACUAUGAGCUCUCACAGCCGGCAAGUUGACGUGAGCUCAGCAGCGCUUCCCUCGCAGGUUCCCCCCGCCACCACAGCCAUUCUUCCCAUGGACCUGCGUGUAGUGGACCACCCUCACCCCCACCACCACCAGCAGCCCACGUUUGGCCUGGCGUCCCAUCCCAAUCAGACACCGGCUCCCUCCACAGCAUCGUCCGAGUCAGGCGGCGGGCCGGUCAUUGGCCACCAGGAUCAGCAGCUGCAGCACGAGCUGGUGGCUCUCAAACACAAGCAGCAGCUCCAGAGGCAGCUACUGAUCGCAGAGUUUCAAAGGCAGCAUGAACAGCUGUCGAGACAACAUGAAGCACAAAUGCAGGAACAUAUUAAGCACCAACAGGACUUAUUGGCUCUUAAGCAUCAACAAGAGCUGCUGGAGCAUCACAGGAAGAUGGAGCAGCAGCGACAUGAGCAGCAGCUAGAGAAGCAGCAGCGGGAACAGAAACUCCAGCUGCUGAAAAACAAGGAGAGGGGACAAGAGAGUGCAGUGGCCAGUACAGAGGUAAAGAUGCGACUGCAGGAAUUUGUUCUGAACAAGAAGAAAGCCCUGGCUCAGCGAAGCCUAAACCACUGUCUGCCUAGUGAUCUGCGCUACUGGUAUGGAAAAACCCAACAUAGCUCUUUGGAUCAGAGCUCACCCCCACAAACAGCACUGUCGGCGUAUAACCACCCGAUGCUGGGCACAUACGACUCAAAAGACGACUUUCCACUACGAAAAACAGCAUCUGAACCCAACCUGAAGCUGCGUUCCCGGUUAAAGCAGAAGGUGACGGAGCGCCGGAGCAGCCCACUCCUCCGCAGGAAGGAUGGACCCAUCACUACUGCCAAGAAGCGAUCUCUAGAUGUGGCUGAUUCUGCAUGCAACAGCGCACCGGGCUCAGGUCCCAGCUCACCCAACAACAGCUCUAGUAACAUCCCCAGUGAGAACGGGGUGCCGAUCUCCAGCAGCCCAGGAGAGGUCUCUCUGCUUCAGAGACUGGCAGCAAGGGAUGGUUCAGUUAACCAUCUCUCUCUUUACACCUCACCUUCUCUGCCCAACAUCACCUUAGGACUGCCAGCCUCCGGUGCCGGCACUGUGGUAUCAGGACACCAAGAUGGCGAGAGUCAUCUGGCACUGCCUGCACUACAGCAGGGCAUUCCACUGACCCCUGCUUUUCUUCCCACUGCCCACCUGCCUUCCUACUUGGCUUCUUCGGCACUGGACAGGGAGGGACCUGGAGGGGGCACAGCUGGUCACAACCCCCUCCUUCAGCACAUGGUACUACUGGAGCAGAGCCACAGUCCAAUGGUGGGUCUGGGUGGAUUACCACUACCAUCACCCACUGUCUCCAAGCUCGUGCGGGGCCACCGUCCCCUGGGCAGAACCCAGUCGGCCCCCCUGCCUCAGCAGCCGUGUGGACAGGCCCAGGCCCUGCAGCAGCUCGUGGUCCAGCAGCAGCACCAGCAGUUCCUGGAGAAGCACAAACAACUGUUCCAACAGCAGCACAUCAUCAACAAGAUCAUGUCCAAACCCGGCGAUCAGGUGUCUCCUGCAGGUUCCAGCUCUUCAGUGUCGAGUCGACAGCAUCAGAGUCACCCGGAGGAGACAGAGGAGGAGCUCAGGGAGCACCAGGGUCUCUCCUCAUCCUCGUCGUCAUCCUCCUCUUCAUCAAUGCCAGAGACAGGGUUAAUACGAGGACUAGUCAUCAAGCAGGAACCUCCGGACCUCCAGGAGCAGGAAGAAUGGGACCAGAGGGAGAGACAAGCAGAACAAGACUUUGUGUUUAAACAGCAGGCCUUGCUCUUGGAGCAGCAGCGGAUCCACCAGUUGAGGAACUACCAAGCCUCCAUGGAAGCAGCUGGGUUACCGGUCAGUAUGGCUGUGCACCGUCCUCUAACCAGGGCUCGAUCCUCUCCUGACACUUCCUCCUUCCCCAUUUUGGUCCAGGAGUCACCAGUUAAGCACCGAUUUACUACAGGUCUGGUGUAUGACGCUUUGAUGCAGAAACACCAGUGUAUUUGCGGCAAUGCCACUAUUCAUCCAGAACACGCCGGUCGUAUUCAGAGUAUCUGGUCCAGAUUGCAGGAAACGGGCCUCAGAUCUCAGUGUGAGUGCAUCCGAGGUCGGAAGGCAUCGCAGGAGGAGCUACAAACGGUCCACUCUGAGGCCCACGUCUUGCUGUAUGGAACCAACCCACUGCGACAGAAACUUGAAAGUUCUGUAAACCCCAUGUUUGUGAGGUUACCCUGCGGAGGCAUCGGGGUGGACAGCGACACCAUUUGGAACGAGAUCCAUUCAUCCACGGCUGCUCGCCUGGCCGUCGGCUCCGUGGUGGAGCUGGUGUUUAAAGUAGCAUCAGGAGAGCUGAAGAAUGGUUUUGCUGUAGUUCGCCCACCUGGACACCACGCUGAGGAAAGCACUCCAAUGGGCUUCUGUUAUUUUAACUCCAUCGCCAUCGCAGCCAAGCUCCUACAGCAGAGGCUAAACGUCAGCAAAAUCCUCAUAGUGGACUGGGACAUCCAUCAUGGGAAUGGAACCCAGCAGGCCUUCUACACUGACCCCAGUGUUCUCUACCUGUCUCUGCAUCGCUAUGACGACGGGAACUUCUUCCCAGGCAGUGGAGCACCUGAUGAGGUGGGCAGCGAUGCAGGGGAGGGCUUCAACGUGAACAUGGCUUUUACCGGAGGACUUGAACCACCCAUGGCUGAUGCAGACUACCUUGCUGCCUUCAGAACGGUGGUCAUGCCCAUCGCCAAUGAGUUUGCCCCAGACAUCGUUCUGGUGUCUUCAGGCUUCGAUGCUGUAGAUGGACAUGCCCCACCCUUGGGAGGAUACAAACUGACAGGCAAAUGCUUUGGCUACCUGACCAGGCAGCUGAUGGGACUGGCGGGCAGUCGGUUGGUGCUUGCCUUGGAGGGGGGUCACGACCUCAAAGCCAUAUGCGAUGCCUCUGAAGCCUGCAUCUCUGCUCUGCUUGGCAACGAGUUGGAUCCAAUUCCUUAUGAAGUGCUUCAACAGAGACCAAACGCCAACGCUGUGCGCUCCAUGCAGAAAGUCAUCGAAGUUCAUGGUAAAUACUGGCGCUCGCUGCAGCGCUCUGCCUCCACGCUCGGCUGUUCGUUGAGCGAAGCUCUUCAGCGAGACACAGAGGAAGCCGAAACCGUCUCUGCUAUGGCCUCAUUGUCUGUCGCUAACAAACACAUCGGAAAGAGGGUUGAAGAAGAACCAAUGGAGGAGGAAGCUCCAAUGUAAAACAGACUUCAUUAGCCUUCAACCACUCAGACCAGUGAUCAACUUCG